UUAAGGGGACACAGCUAUGUCGUGAACAGUUAAAAUAAGCUGUGUUUCUCUGGAUCGCUUUGCUCUGAAACCAUGCUGGUAGUCCGUUAGUAUAUUGUGGCCUUCCAAUUGUUUCAUGAUAUGGCUUUGAAUAAUGUGUUCGAGUAGUUUACAGGAAAUACAGGUAAGUGAAACAGGUCUGUAGUUACUGGGGACCGCUCUGUCUCCCUUUUUUGAAAAUGGCACAUAUGUUUGCAUCUCUCCAGUCUUUGGGGAUUUCUCCUGUGUCAAGCGAUUGUUGGAAAAUGUUGGUUAAAAGAGGUGCGAUUUCACUGGCUGUCAUUUUGAUGAACCAAGGAGGUAUUAGGUCUGGCCCGGUUGCUUUCGAGGCAUUGAGACAUUUUUCCAACACCAGAAGUAGAAAUUUCUAUUCCAUAGGAGGGGUGUAGGGGUUCCCGAGGGGUGUUCUUGCCUUUCUUGGAAUUCGGAUCACUUGCCUUAUGUCUUAUUCUCGUCAGCCACUUCUUCACACAGAAUCAGUGAUCUCGGGCCUGACCCUUAAAAUGGCCGGGGUUGAAGAUCUAGAAGUUUCCUGGACAAAGGACGCUAGUGCUCAGAUUGACAGCUACAGCCUCAGCUACGAGCCGGCAGACGGGACGGGCACGUCUGAGGACCUGGACCCCGCACCGGGAGCAGGCGACAUCUCGGAUAUCGUGUCGGGACUGCUGCCCUACACAAGCUACAACCUCACGCUCAACUCAACUGAUGACCAGGGCCUGCAAAACGGACAUACCAUCGGGACUUUUAAGACAGAAUCAGCGAUCUCGGAGCUGACCCUCGAUGGUGGAGGAAUUGACCAACUCGUUGUUUCAUGGGAAAAAGCUCAAGGUUCUCAGAUCUCGCGCUACAGCCUCAGCUACAAGCCGGUGGACGGGUCGGGCUCGUACCGGGACCGGGAGUUGGACCCACCGGCAGCAGACGCCACCUCGGCUACCGUGUCGGGACUGCUGCCCGGCAUAAGCUACACCAUCACGCUCACUUCCUUUCAACCGUUGGGCAACGCUGGCCGGCGAAAAAGGAGUGAGCAAGACCGGCAAAACGGAGUUAUCACCAGGACAUUCAGGACAGAGUCCGCUGUCGUGAACGUAGAGUGCGCGGAAGGAAUCAUGACCAUUGCCAUUCCGCGUGUGGCUCUGCCCGGUGUGGACGUGGACAGCAUGCACCUUCUGAACGCCAGCUGCGUCGCCACCGUGGACGACGACUUCGUCACCAUGGAGACACGCCUGGAGGAGUGCGGCACGCGGCGGCAGAUCUCAGGAGAAGACAAAUUCAUCUUCUCCAACGAGGCCAUCGCGGACGAGGUGAUUGACGGCAGCGGCGCGGUGAUACACCAGGGAGUCAGCCUGCCCUUCCAGUGCGAGUUCCUCCGUCAGUUCGACAUCACCCAGGGCGGAGACAUCAUGUUCGUCAUCCCGCCGCCAAGGUUUGAAAUCGUUGACGCGGAGGGAGAAAUGACCUUGGAGAUGCGAACGUACAAGUCUCCAGACUUCGGAGCAAGCUACAAGUCUACUGACUUCCCCAUUAAGGUCACACCGGAUGACCGUCUGAACUUUGGCCUGAGCGUGACGUCACCGCUUGACAACGUGGAGCUGUUUGCACGUGACUGUGUCUCCACCCCCAGUACCGACCCGAACGACUCUCCAAGGGUCGACAUCAUCGUGGAUGGGUGUACUUCCACUGCACUAUGAUCGUCUGCUUCAAGGACAACCCGAACUCACGGUGCAGCCAGGGCUGUAUCUCCUCCGUACGGGGCAGGCGGGACACCUCCGGAUCCGGCGGGCAGGACGGGAGGGUUCGCCGGGACAGCAACGGGGACACCUCCGGCGGGCAGGACGGGA